AUCUUUUUUUCUAUUCACCUGCUAAAAAAAGGAAGCAAUAAUACUUUGUAGAAAAUAAACAAAAAAAAAAAUAAUAAUAAUAAAAAAAGAUAUUUUUGUAAUAAGAAAAAAGAGAAAAUGGAAGUAGAAAAUGGAGGAGAGAAAAAAAUAGUGGUAGCAGUAGAUGAAAGUGAAGAGAGCAUGCAUGCUUUAUCAUGGUGUCUAAACAACGUAAUUUCUGUUUCAACAAAUUCUACAACUCUUGUUCUUCUCUAUGUCAAGCCUCCUCCUCCGGCUAAUUUUUCGGCUUUCGAUGUUGCCGGUUAUUUGUUUGGAAAUGAUGUUGUAGCAGAUUUGGAAGAUUAUUAUAGGAAGCUUGUUGAUUCAGUGAUGUCUAAAGCCCAACAAGUUUGUAUGAAGUCCCAAAUAAUCAAUAUUAAGGUAGAAAAGAAAGUUGGGAGUGGAGAUGCCAAAGAUGUAAUUUGUGGAACAGUUGAGAAACUAGGGGCUGAUAUGCUGGUUAUGGGAAGUCAUGGUUAUGGAUUUUUAAAGAGGACUAUUCUAGGAAGUGUAAGCUACGAUUGUGCAAAACAAGUGAAGUGUCCCAUGGUGGUUGUGAAGCAUCCCAAGAACAUUUCAUGAAGUGUCUACUUAAAUCUAUAAAUCUUUAAUUUAUUAUUAUCUCUUUUUACACUUUUCAACCUCAAAAUUAUGCAUUUGUACAAUUAUGAAUGUAUUUAAUUAGGAUAAUGUAGUUUUAAUCACACAAACAAUUGUUGUACAUGUUAGUAUGUUACAUGUACAUAGUUGUAUUUAUGUGUUGUCUCUUUAGACAAUUUUUCCAAGUUUUUCUUUUCACUUUUCGUGUAUUAUUUUGGAAUGAAAUGAAUAGUGUUUGUAGUAUAAAAAGAUACUUCGUAUUUGA